AAAUAACAAAAAAGCCUCUGUAUACUGUAGAUCUCAUUCGUCUACUAUGUACAAAGAACCCCCUCUCGAUCCCACCAGGUGCAGCAGCACUGGUGCCGCGUAGCCGUGGAUCUGGCUGGAUGCGCCGAUAAGCCGGGAGACCCUCUGACGCCAUGCCAUGGCUGGGUCCUGAUUGUACCUUGAUAGCCCGUGUAACCCAUAUAUAGUGUGGGUGCAGUCUGCCGCUCAGUUAUUUCUGCCAUUGACUUUCUACUGCUGGAUUUUGUUGGGGUUGCAUUGGUUACGCUCUUCUAGAAUCUCUCCCCUCUGCUCUAUCUGCACGGUUUUGUUAAGGUCAAUUGCUUCUCAUUACUCUGUUCUUUGUAUUACUCGACUGAGGAUCUACCAUGGCGACGCAAAAGCCCAAGUACCCGUUGGGGAGGAUCGAGCCGAACUCGGCCAAGUAUUUUGCUAGUUGUACGCUGGGAGGGAUUGUUGCCUGCGGCCCAACCCACACAGCCGUCACCCCUCUCGACCUCGUCAAAUGUCGUCGUCAAGUCGACCCGAAGAUCUACACCUCCAACCUCUCCGCCUGGCGCAGCAUCAUAUCCAAAGAAGGUCUCCGGGGGAUCUUCUUCGGCUGGACGCCCACCUUCGUGGGCUACUCCUUCCAAGGCGCCGGGAAAUACGGCUUCUACGAGUACUUCAAAUACCUGUACGGCGACCAGCUCUUCCCGAACGCGAACCGCACCGUCGUCUUCCUAGGCGCGAGUGCCUCGGCCGAGUUCUUCGCCGACAUCGCUCUCUGCCCGAUGGAGGCGAUCAAGGUGCGUAUGCAGACCACGUUGCCGCCGUUCGCGCAUACCCUGCGGGAGGGGUGGGGGAAGGUGGUGGCGCAGGAGGGCUUCUCGGGACUGUAUAAGGGGUUGUAUCCGUUGUGGGCGAGACAGAUUCCGUAUACGAUGACGAAGUUUGCGACGUUUGAGGAGACGGUCAAGUAUAUUUAUAAGACGUUGGGGAAGCCGAAGGAGAGUUAUAAUGGGUUGCAGCAGACGGGGGUCAGCUUUUUGGGGGGGUAUAUUGCCGGCAUCUUUUGUGCUAUUGUUAGUCAUCCGGCGGAUGUGAUGGUGAGUAAGUUGAAUGCGGAUCGGAAAGCGGGUGAGGGGGCCAUGACGGCUGUGUCGCGCAUUUAUCGCAAUAUUGGAUUCUCGGGCUUGUGGAAUGGUUUGCCUGUGAGAAUUGUCAUGCUGGGUACUUUGACGGGGUUCCAAUGGUUGAUUUACGAUUCGUUCAAGGUGUUCCUUGGGUUGCCCACUACUGGUGGACAUUAG